GCGUGGAUCCGGGUGGCGCUGAUGGAGAAGCGCAUGUCGGAGUACAUCACCACAGCCGUGCGGGACUCGCGGACCACCAGGUCAGCCCUCACCCACACCUCCCUGCUGCUGGCCAGGCCCACUGUGCCUGGCUCCACCUGGCACGACAGCCCUUGCCCUCCACAGGCCGCAGUCCUUGCCUGUUCCUAUGGCAGAGUCCCCACUGGCUGUGGGUACCCUGACCCCUGGGACUGCCUCACCCGCCCCCCGCCUCAGCUCCCUCGUGCUGCUGUCUUGCGCUGCCCACUCGGCUGCUGGACCUGCAAGCGGAGGGGUGCAGCUGGGGAGUUCAGAGAGCAGCACUGGGCCAAGGACAGGGGCCCACUGGCCUGAGCCCGGUGCUGGGGGAGGCGAGGCUGCCCAGAGACAGCCGUGUGGAGAGGCCAGGCUGCCGCCAGCACCUUCACCGCCCGUCCCCAGGCGUUUCUACGACUCAGGGGCCAUCAUGCUGCGGGAGGAGGCCACGGUCCUCAUAGGGAUGCUCAUCGGGCUGAGCGCCAUCGACUUCAGCUUCUGCCUGAAGGGUGAGGUCCUGGACGGGAAGACGCCUGUGGUCAUCGACUACACGCCCUACAUGAAGUUCACCCAGAGCUACGACUACCUGACUGAGGAGGAGGAGGAGCGGCACAGCGCCGAGAGCAGCACCAGUGAGGACAACUCCCCCGAGCACCCCUACCUGCCGCUGGGCACCGACGAGGACAGCUGGUACAGCAAGUGGCACAGGAUGGAGCAGAAGUUCCGCAUCGUCUACGCACAGAAGGGCUACCUGGAGGAGCUGGUGCGGCUUCGGGAGUCGCAGCUGAAGGAUCUGGAGGCCGAGAACCGACGGCUGCGGCAGCAGCUGGAGGAGGCAGCGGCACAGAACCAGAGGGAGAAGCGCGAGCUGGAGGGCGUCAUCCUGGAGCUGCAGGAGCAGCUGACAGGUCUGAUCCCGGGUGACCACGGCCUCCUGGCCCAGGCCUCCAAGGAGCUCACCACCCCCCUGGUCAACCAGUGGUCCUCGCUGGGGACUCUCAACGGCACCGAGGGCGCCAGCAACCCCAAGCUCUACCGGAGACACAGCUUCCUCAGCACCGAGCCGCUGUCGGCGGAGGCCAGCCUGAGCUCCGACUCCCAGCGCCUGGGGGAGGGCAAGCGUGACGACCAGCCCUGGGGCCCCAUCGGGAAGGACCCCACGCCCUCCAUGCUGGGUCUCUGCGGCUCCCUGGCCUCCAUCCCCAGCUGCAAGUCCCUGGCGAGCUUCAAGUCCAACGAGUGCCUGGUGAGCGACAGCCCUGAGGGCAGCCCGGCCCUGAGCCCCAGCUGAAUGUGGGCGGCGCCACCUGUGCAACUCCGCCCCCAUGCUGCCCACCUGCCCAGCCAAGGCGCCCUGGGUGAGACCUCGCUGCCUCAGCUUCCUGCCCCAAGAAGAGCAGUGGGCAGGGGCCACACCUCUUCUCCCAGUGGCCCCACGGCCUGGCCAGGCCCCUCUAGCUGCUCCCUGCCCCCACACCCGGAACCAGUCUUGCUCCACCCAUGCGUGCGGCAUUGGGGUCCAGCAAAUAAAAGCCAGAG